CCUUCAAACCCUGAAAUAUUCACAGCUAAAAAUUUGAAGCAAAAACCUCGCAAAGAAGUCUACUCUGUAUUGAAUUCUCUGUUACCAAAAUGAAUAGCAGCGGCAAAGAAUCACAGCCUCUUUACCCCUCUAUCCCCUCUCCUACUGAAGUAGACACAAACCCUUUCCAUCAAACAAACGCACAGGAAAAACAGCCACAGGUGCAAUCUGCAGCUGCAGCUGCAUCAUCAUCAUUGCCUCCCCCUCCUCCACAACCGUCUGAUCACAAUUCUGAGAAAUGGGGGACUCAUAUCAUGGGAGCACCAGCUGUUCCCACAUGUCAUCCAGACAACAAGAAGGCAGCCUUGUGGGGUGCUGGUGACGAGGCUCAAUACUUCCAUCAUCCAUAUCUCCAAUACUCCCCUGUAGAAAAAUCAAGCAAUAGCCCUAUGGAAUCCAUGCUUCAAGUCUUCAACUCCUGGAGCCACAAAGCGGAGACCAUGGCCAACAAUAUCUGGCACAAUCUUAGAACUGGAUCAUCUGUAUCUGGAGCUGCCUGGGGGAAGAUGAACCUGACAGCAAAAGCACUAACAGGAGGUGGAUUCGAAUCUCUUUACAAGCAAACAUUUGCGACUUCCUCAAAUGAGAAGCUGAAGAAGACAUUCGCCUGCUAUUUAUCCACUUCGACUGGACCAGUUGCUGGAACUCUUUAUCUAUCCAGUAUUCAUGUAGCUUUCUGCAGUGAUCGCCCCUUGUCAUUCACUGCACCUUCAGGCCAGGAAGCCUGGAGCUAUUACAAGGUAAUGGUGCCGUUGAGCAAAGUUAGCAUCAUCAACCCUGUAAUCAUGAGAGACAAUCCAUCAGAGAAAUACAUCCAGAUUGUUACAGUGGAUGGACAUGAUUUCUGGUACAUGGGUUUUGUUAAUUACGAGAAAGCAUCCAAGCAUCUCUCUGAGAGUCUGUCCAAUUUUGUAGCAUCUGGGAUUGCUGUUCAACCUGCGCCUGUUGCAUAAAGAGGGACUAUAUACAUUUACAGGAUUCUUCAUAUUACAGGGAUUUUUUUUUUAUUUUCGAAAUUUCACUUGGAUCUCUCUUUGGCAAGAGAUUUUAUCAUCUGUUUCAGCUGUCCUGGACUUGUUUUAUUGUACCAUUUUUGUAAAAUAAAAUGAAACAUCUCGUAUUCCGGUC